AAACCAUGUGAUUCAUAUUUUAUGAUGUCAGUUGUUUUAGCUGAUUUGGCUAUUUUAGCAACAACCCGUUAAGUUGCAUAAGGGCGAUUAUGUUUGUAAAUGUCGAUAUUUUAUACGCUAAAACGGUGAGCGAUAUUUUCAGUAAUAAUAAUCAUAAAGUCAUUCUAAUAGCUAACCUGCGAAAGAGAACAUAGAGACUUCAGACUGCGUGCAUAAAUACUUGUUUAUAUAAAUAAGUGUAAAAAUCUUCCAGUGAGCUGCUAGAUUUGCCAGCUUCUGCACGCAGAGCAGGUUUUAGUAACCCGCGAUUAAGCGAGUCGUCCUGUAGAGUUUUCCGCAUUUAUUAAAAAGUGUUGCAUAUUUGUUCUAAACGAAACGGAUUAUGCGCGACGUCUGAAUGGAGAAAUGCGCGGCGUUAUUAGUCGUAUGUACUCGUCAUAAAGAAAACGCGCCUAUUGUGUCAAAUGCAAUGCGAAACAAUGAUUUCUACAACGCGACGCUUCGUUAAAUGGCGCUACAUUACGAGUUUGAUGGCGUGCGGCUUUGUCCAUGCAAAUCCGCCGCCUCGCGUCCUCCAAUCAGAGCGUGGCGUCACGUAGCGUCUUCCAAUGGGAGAUGCGCGCUUGCAGGUGGCGGCGCGGUUAUCUGCGCGUCAUCGCCGCUGGAGUCCAUUGAGCGGAGGACGGCGCUUCAGAUGCGGGCGAUCGCAGCACUCAAAGCGGGCGUGAGAUCUGCCGACGGCCGGCAUCCGGAUUCCGGGAUUCAUCGGGAAGCGCUCGCGAACUUUGGAACUCGCCGGUUGAAAGUUACAGUUCUGGUGGAUGAGUUGUCAAGUUGUGGGCGUUAAACUUUCUCGUACGAACUUUCUUGCUUCGCCCUGUGGUUCACUCGCACCAAUGAUAGCGGUCGGGCAGAUGGAUAGUAACCGGCAGAGUGCGUUCGUUCUGGGCAGCACUCCUCUGGCUGCGCUGCACAACAUGACCGAGAUGAAGACCUCUUUAUUCCCGUACGCCCUGCAGAACCCCGCGGGCUUCAAGGCUCCUUCCUUCUGCAACCUGAGCUCUCAGAUCCCGCUGGGAACGCCGCAUGGAAUUAGCGAUAUCUUGGGGAGACCCAUCACCGCCGCGGGACAGCUGCUCUCGGGCUUUCCUCGGAUCAACGGCUUGACAUCAGCCGGGAUGUACUUCAACCCUGCGGCGGUGUCUCGGUACCCCAAACCGCUGACGGAGUUGCCCGGGAGGGCGCCCAUAUUCUGGCCCGGAAUGAUGCAGGGUUCACCCUGGAGAGACCCGAGGGUUCCCUGUCCUGCCCAGGCACACAUGAUGCUGGACAAUGAUGGAAAGAAGAAACACUCCAGACCAACUUUUUCCGGACAGCAGAUUUUCCCCCCGGAGAAAACCUUCGAACAGACCAAAUAUCUGGCAGGACCGGAGCGAGCUCGACUCGCCUAUUCUCUGGGAAUGACCGAAAGCCAAGUCAAGGUUUGGUUUCAGAACAGAAGAACCAAAUGGCGCAAGAGGCACGCGGCUUAGAUGGCCACGGCUAAAAAGAAACACGACUCAGAGACGGAGAGGAUGAAGGAGAGCUCAGAAAACGAGGAUGAUGAUGAAUACAACAAACCUCUGGACCCGAACUCCGACGACGAGAAAAUCACGAGACUGUUAAAAAAGCACAAGACGUGUAACCUGUCCCUCAUCAGCCCGUGCAGCAACAGCUCGGACACUUUGUGAUGAUGCUGAGCAAAAGAUUCUUCAUCAUCUUCAUCAUCAUCAUCAUCAUCAUCAUCAUCCUCUGCUUCAGAUUCUUCUGGAGAACCGAGGCAGAAUUAAGCAGGGUAUAAACUCAGUUCUUUGCUUUGAAUUCGGUUGUACAGGUAGAAGUGGACGUGAGAUGUGUAUAUAUAUUUUUUACUGAGUAAAUUAUGUUAUUAAAGCAUCACGGAGACGUGCCAACUUUUCCCCCUCAUCAUCAUCAUCAUCAUCAUCAAGAUCAUUUAGUCUUCGAUCGCAGAAGAAUAACGCCCUUUGUUCCGCCUAAAAGCGUCACUUUUUAUUUUGGAAACAGGUACACCAAGUGUAUAAAGAAGUGCCAGUGCUGUAAAUGAUGUGAAUAUAAUUUGUUUUAAUAAUUUGUGCUUUUGGCCGCUGGAGUUUAUGUUCACCUCACAACAGGAAAAAUACACGAACAUGGACAUAAAUACCGACGAAGAGAAUACUAUUGCUUCCGUGAGGACGGAAGAAAAAACUUUGUAUUAUCAAUAAAUUAUUUAACAAGCCAGUGUUUCAAAAAUGUCCUGGUCCUUUUUUAAUUGCAUACAUUUACCGAUUGUUUUGUAGCGCAUAUAUUUUGAGAUGUGCUGUUAUUUGGCCGCGAGAAAACUGCUAGCAAUUGCAUAUUAUAUCCGUGCAUUAAUAGUAGUGAUAAUACAAUUCUUACACGAUUGUUACUAAUAAUUUAACAUAACACGAGUACGCGUUUAUAGAGGGAGAAGCAGUUUCCUGCAAAAGCUUUAACAAAUUCCGAUGCAACAAGAGAAAUAUUUAGUGUCCCUUUUGGAGGUUUUAUUUUAGGAGCAUGAACUGCAUCACUCGGACUGAUGAAGAUAAUCAGGUCUUUAAACAUGCAUUUAUAGAUUAGCUUAUAUCUGUAUUUCUCAGUCGCGAGCAGUUUUUUUUAAACCUGUGUGCGAAUCAUUUAAUGACUUUAAGGAACUUUUCUGUCGCGUUAUUCGCGAUGCAAAUGUCUCAUGA